AUGAAUAUUUCUAAAGGUGUGGGAGCUGGAGCCAAAAAGGCAGCACAAAUUUUGGAAGAUUGGCAGUCUGUGAUAGGCCAGGCAACUGGUAGACCGAUGUGUUAUUUCUGCUACAACACUAGUGGACUGAAGAGUUGCACAGUGACAACUGAAGAGUUUAGUGGUAGUUUAUCAACAGAUUAUGCAGUGUUACUAUUGACAAGCCAAGAGCCCAUCAAAAAUGGUAGUGUUUCUUGGUAG